ACCUCGCAGCCCCCUCGCGAGGCGCAAGGCAGUCCGUUUGUAUUUAUAAGGAUCGGUUGUCGGGUCUGCUUCACCAGUGUCCUCUGCCAUCCCUCCUGCCUCUGCGCCCAUUGUCCUUCGAUCGUUGCUACAUUUUGGCUUGCUGCGUUGAAAGCCAUCUUGCCACGACCUGUUGUACCUCUCCUCUGCCUUAAUUUAGACUCGCCAGUACUCGUCGUGGAGACGUAGUUGUUGGCGGGUCCUGUUCUUGAGUAUCUUUCGCUUGUUUUAAGAUCAGGGGAGUGUAGCUCUGAGAAUUUGAGUUUCGAGUUGUGUUGGUUGCAAUGGGGUGGUGGAUCUGGCAACGGGCGCUCUGUGCCGCCGUGUUCUUGUUUAUCUUGUCGGAGUGGCGUUUCUGUGGAGCCUUGAGGCUGUUACCACCUAGCAGCUCUGCACAAAAAGUGCAGAUGCUUGGCGCAAGUCCCGGCUUGAAAGCUGAGGAAGCUCGUCAUGAAGCUCCUGUUGAUACACAUCUGAGGUCCAAUUUGACAAAGAGAUCUCUUGCUGGUUGUGGAAAUGGUAACCCCGUCGACGACUGCUGGAGGUGCAAUUCUAACUGGGAUCAAAACCGACAACAGCUUGCAAGUUGCUCCCUCGGUUUCGGCAAGAAUGCUAUUGGUGGGAAAAAUGGACAAAUAUAUGUUGUCACUGAUGACAGCGACGAGGAUGUUGUUAAUCCCAAGGAAGGGACACUUCGCUACGGUGUCAUUCAGUCCGAGCCUCUCUGGAUUGUGUUCAGCCGCAACAUGAACAUUAAACUCAAGCAAGAACUUAUUAUGAACAGCUACAAGACCCUCGAUGGUCGUGGACACAAUGUCCAUAUUGCUGGAGGAGCAUGUCUCACAGUUCAAUAUGUGAACAACAUCAUCAUUCACAACAUUCAUAUUCAUGAUUGCAAGUCUACGGGACCUGCAGAUGUAAGGAGCUCUCCUUCACAUUACGGACAGAGAGGGAAAAGUGACGGAGAUGCAAUUAAUAUCUUCGGUUCGCACGACAUUUGGGUGGACCAUUGUUAUUUCUCGAGAUGUGCGGACGGCCUCGUUGAUGUCAUUCAAGGAUCCACGGAUGUUACCAUCUCCAACAACUACUUCGAAGAUCACGAUAAGGUGAUGUUACUUGGCGCUCACCCGAAGGACUCGAUGGACAAAGGAAUGAGGGUCACGAUCGCCUUCAAUCACUUUGGAGAAAACCUCAUAGAGCGCAUGCCAAGGUGCAGACAAGGUACGUUCCAUAUUGUCAAUAACAACUAUCAAGGGUGGGGAAUGUAUGCAAUUGGAGGAAGUGAAGAUCCAGUUAUCAACAGUGAAGGGAAUCGGUUCUUCGCCCCUGACGCCAGAUUUAAGAAAGAGGUAACCAAGCGCAUCGACGACGGAGGAAACUAUGAUGAAGACAGUUGGAACUGGAGAUCCUCUGGUGACAUGUUUCUCAAUGGCGCUUUCUUCACCAAAUCGGGAGCUCCUUCCGCAAAUACCCAGAUCUAUGGCAAGGCCACUAGUUUUAGCGCUCGUCCUGCCGUCAUGGUGGAAGGCAUGACCAAUGACGCUGGCCCUCUGGCAUUAUGAUCACUCACGGAACAUAGCCGCGAACUCAAAACAACAGCAGCAUUCAGCGGAGCUUUCAUUAAAGAGGGUCAGACAUUCUCUGUAGCUGCGAAUAAGGCUCUAAAUAUAUUCGUAUGUUAGAUAUAAAUUCUGUCUAGGAUUUUGCGUACUCGUGAAGCAUCCCUCUCGUUUGCAGUUGAGCGCUGGCCAUCGAUGGUCGGCCCAGCCCUUGGACAUAUUUCAGUGCGAGUAAUUUCGCUGUCCAUGAUGAAUGUUUGGUUUUAUAUUAGGCCAUGAUGGAAGAAGUAACAAAAACAAAAAAAGAGAAAAAAUAUGUAAAUUGAUAAGUAGUUACAGGCUUUUGUAGACAGGUUGUUCUUACGUUUGCUUCAGAUGAGUGGCCGCGCGAAGGUGGCCCGCAAACGACGAUUUCAUUGACAGUUACCUGACUAUAUGUGGUGCUCCUUGCGCCCUGUCGACUGUGAUGCGUUGAGGUGAAGAAGAGCGCAAUCACAACUCAACAGAGCUUGGCAACGCCCUGCGAUUGAGCUUGACCUCAACUGCUUGUGAGCAUUGCUGCUGUAUUCUGCAAUCCGAUAUAUGAUAAGGAAGAAUCGAUUGACUCCACAUCCCUAA